AUGAUGCUCGGGGUGAGCCCUGUGGAUGUCAUGCCGGCGACGGGGUCAUUGCCAUCUACCACUUCGCCUCUUGCACUUCCGUCCGAUUCAUGGGCGGCCGAAUCGUUCUUUCGCAGCUUCUUCGACUACAGCCCAGUCAUGAUGGGAGUCGUGGAGGUGGUUGAAAGCAUCCCCCCCAAGAAAUCCAAACAAUCCAAGAAGCGAUCUCCGCCCAGCCCCGGUGAUGAAAUUCAUCCUGCUGGCGAUUUGCUCAACGUGCAAGCCAACGCGGCCGUCGGUCGAUUCUUCAAUCAGGAGCUCAGCAACGUUAUCGGUCGCAGGUCGUCAGAGCUAGGCUCGCCCCAGUCGUGCAUCAACGAAUGGAUACGCAAGUGCGAGGAGGCCACCGCGUCGCCUUUGCCCAUCUCCUGGGACUUCGCCUCGCCCUGCGGCCUUGGCUCGGUCCGAUGGCUGAACGGCGUCAUCUAUCCGCUGCCGCACAACCCAACCGACCGGAAGCUGUUCUGCUACAUUCUCAAAGAUAUCACACAAAGCAAGGAGCUCGAGCAGCGACUACGCGACAAUGAACGCAAGUUGCGAUACGCAGCCAACGUUCUGCACCAUGUCGACUGCAUCGUGUGGGAAACAGAAGCGCAGACGGGGCAGGUGACCUACAUCAAUACACAGAAAACAAUGGAGAUCCUGGGCAAGGAGGUGGAGAUCGGCAAGAGCAUCAUGCCGCAGAUCCUUCCCCUCUUGCAGGGCACCGGCAUGUCCGUCCGAGACACGGGAUUCACGCACACCGAGGGCGACCCACGAACAAAGUACGAGUUCUGCCUCAAUGUCGAGGGUUCGAACACCAGCGAACAGUUCAACGACUGA